CGGCCUAUACCGCAGGAGCUUCAAAAACCCUUUUCAUAGUCCCUCUCUAGUCUCUUGUUCAAACACACACACUCUCUCUACUUUGCCUGCGCUACUACCACUACGACGACUUUAAUCGAUCACUCUCAGGUACUUUCUCUCUCUGUAAUCUGUUCCUGAUUAUUUACUUCCUUAUAUUCAAACAAGCUCAUCAUCAGAAUCAUAUAAAUAGAUUAGGGAUUAUACGUUCAAUAUCACCCAAAAACCCUAGAAACACAUAUUGCUCUACAAACAAUGGAAUGGAACUCCGAAACCCUACAAUUUCUCUCUCAAUGUUUCCUCCACACUCUCUCUCCUAUCCCCGAACCUCGCCGCCAUGCCGAAACCAGCCUUGCCGAGGCCGCCGAGCGCCCCAACUACGGCCUCGCUGUCCUCCGCCUCGUCGCUGAGCCCGCCGUCGACGAGGCAGUCCGCCAAGCCGCCGCCGUGAACUUCAAGAACCACCUCAAAGCCCGGUGGGUUCCUACUCCGCCCACAGAGCCCAAUUUACCAACCCUAAACCCGAUUGCUGAUGCCGAAAAGGACCAAAUCAAAGCCCUAAUCGUCCCUCUAAUGCUUUCGUGCACAACGCGAAUCCAAUCCCAACUCAGUGAAGCUCUAACCGUGAUCAGCAAACACGAUUUCCCGAAAGCGUGGCCUGCACUGCUUCCCGAACUUGUUUCAAGUCUCAGUAGAGCGAGCGAGGCGUCUGAUUAUGUUUCUGCUAAUGGAAUACUUGGUACUGCAAAUUCAAUAUUUAAGAAAUUCAGAUAUCAGUUUAAUACCAAUGACUUGCUUCUUGAUUUGAAGUACUGUCUUGAUAUCUUUACGGAUCCACUGUUGAAAUUUUUUAAAAGAACUGCUUCACUGCUUGAUUCGGUUGUGAGUUCUGGUGGUGCAGCUGCGAACCUUCGGCCUCUUGUUGAGUCACAGAGGUUGUGCUGCAGAAUAUUUUAUUCUCUGAAUUUUCAAGACUUGCCUGAGUUUUUUGAGGAUCAUAUGGGAGAGUGGAUGACUGAGUUUCAAAAGUAUCUCACUUUGAGUUACCCUGCUCUUGAAGAGGGUGGUGGAGAUGGGCUCACGCUUGUUGAUGAGCUGCGAGCUGCGGUUUGUGAGAACUUAAGCCUUUACAUGGAGAAAUUUGAGGAGGAGUUUCAGGCGUACUUGGGUGGGUUUGUGGAAGCUGUGUGGAAUCUUCUUGUGGCUGCAUCGGCCUCUUCUAGCCGUGAUCGGCUAACAGUGACAGCAAUCAAGUUCUUAACAACAGUCAGCACGAGUGUUAACCACGCGUUGUUUGCUAGAGAUGACAUUUUACAGCAGAUUUGUCAGAGUAUUGUUAUCCCAAAUGUUAUGCUAAGGGAUGAGGACGAGGAGUUGUUUGAGAUGAAUUAUGUUGAGUUCAUAAGGAGGGACAUGGAAGGGAGUGAUCUUGAUACAAGGAGGAGGAUUGCUUGUGAACUCCUGAAGGGAAUUGCUUCAAAUUACAAAGACAAGGUCACUGAAAAGGUUUCCACUCAGAUCCAGAGUAGUUUGGCAUUGUUUGCUGAAAAUCCAUCAGCAAAUUGGAAACAUAAGGAUUGUGCCAUUUAUUUGGUUGUCUCCCUGGUAACGAAAAAGGCGGGUGGUAACUCAGUGUCAACUGAUCUCAUAGAUGUUGAGAACUUUUUCAGAUCGGUUAUUGUGCCGGAGUUACAAAAUCAAGAUGUGAAUGGAUUUCCGAUGCUUAAGGCUGGCGCCCUGAAAUUUUUCACUAUGUUUAGGAAUCAGAUUCCGAAACCUGUUGCAAUGGCAUUGGUUCCCGAUGUGGUUCGGUUCCUUGUUUCGGAGUCGAAUGUGGUUCAUUCUUAUGCCGCAAGCUGCAUUGAAAAACUCUUGCUGGUCAAGGAUGAAGGGGGAAGAGCAAGAUAUACGUCAUCAGAUAUCAGUCCGUUUCUGGCAGUUUUGAUGACCAACCUUUUUAAUGCCUUGGAGAAGCCAGAAUCUGAGGAGAAUCCAUAUGUAAUGAAGUGUAUCAUGCGGGUUCUUGGAGUUGCAGACACUUCUCGGGAGGUCGCUUCACCUUGCAUUACUGGGCUGACUUCUGUUCUCAACAAAGUCUGCGAGAACCCCAAAAAUCCUAUUUUUAAUCACUAUCUCUUUGAGGCUGUUGCCAUUCUUGUCAGGCGGGUUUGUGAGAAGGACCCCUCUCUUAUAACGGCAUUUGAAGCAAGCCUUUUUCCAAGCCUCCAAAUGAUCUUGGCAAAAGAUGUAACUGAGUUCUUCCCUUAUGCUUUCCAGCUACUGGCUCAGCUUGUUGAGUUGAAUAGACCUCCCGUCCCACAGCACUACAUGCAGAUUUUUGACAUUCUCCUGUUGCCUGAGUCAUGGAAAAGAGCUGCAAAUGUCCCAGCCCUUGUGCGUUUGCUUCAGGCCUUCCUUCAAAUGUCACCCCACGAGCUUAACCAAGAGGGGAGGUUGACCCAGGUGCUUGGUAUUUUUGACAGGCUUGUUUCAUCUUCUAGCACAGAAGAACAAGGAUUUUAUGUGCUCAAUACAGCUAUCGAGAACCUUGGAUAUGAUGUGAUUGCACCCUACAUGGGCCACAUCUGGGCUUCCCUAUUUACGAGGCUCCAAAAUAAAAGAACUGUGAAAUUUGUGAAGUCUCUUCUUAUAUUUAUGUCUCUCUUUCUGAUUAAGCAUGGUUCCCGGAACCUUGUGGAUUCUAUGAAUGCCGUUCAGCCCAAUAUAUUUGUUGUAAUCUUGGAGCAGUUUUGGAUACCUAAUCUCAAGCUGAUCACGGGUUUUAUUGAGCUCAAGUUAACUUCUGUUGCUUCAACCAGACUUAUCUGUGAAUCUGCAAUUUUGUUGGAUCCUGCAGCUGGUAGACUUUGGGGGAAGAUGCUGGACAGCAUUGUUACCCUUAUCUCGCGGCCAGAGCAGGAUAGAGUUGAGGAGGAAAAAGAUGUUCCAGAUUUUGGAGAUAAUGUGGGUUAUGGUGCUACCUUUGUUCAUCUGUACAAUGCUGGGAAGAAACAGGAGGACCCUCUAAGGGAUGUUAGGGAUCCAAAGCAAUUUUUGGCAGCCUCGUUGGCAGAGCUUUCUGCUAAUUCCCCUGGGAGGUAUCCUCAAAUCAUCAAUGAAAAUGUUGAUCCAGCAAAUCAGACAUCAUUGGUUCAGCUAUGCAGCUCCUAUAAUCUCUCUAUAGUUUGAGAAGGAAAGAUAUCGCAAGGGUCUCAUGUAGCAAAGAGGAAGGUUAAUUUGCUUUACAAUAUUGCGAAGAUCUGUUCAGCUGCUUUUUUGAGAAUUGGCACCAUUACAUUCAGUUGAUCUGUUCGGAGUUGUUAUCAUCCAGUUCUGCUGCUUUCAGGAUCUUAUGCAUUACUCUAUGCUUGCGUGUAUGCAAUAAGAUGGCAGUUCAGGAUUCAAUACAUGGCUUUGGGUCCUAGUUCAUCUCGAGUCUGGUUCAGCAUGCAUUCAGGAAGAAAAGUUUUUGCAGUGUGUUGUAGCUGAAACAUCCCCUUCGUUUCCUUUCUAUUUUCCGUGUCCUUAUGGAAUCUGGUGUUUACAUCAUUUUAUGUUAUUAAGCUGGUGAGGAAGAAAGAAAACUACAAUUUUUGAGAGAAUGAGUUUCUUUUAACGGUUGGUUUCUAUGUUCUUGUAUGUUUUGGGGUCUGUUUAUCAAAUUACUUAUAAUGAAAUCUCAAAUUAUCUGCUA